UGAUAUACGGGGGCCGAAGACAAGUUGCGCAUAUCAUCAGCGGACCAGCUGCAGUGCAGGCAGCAGUAGCCAACAAGUCCUGAACGCAUCCUUCCAGACAUGGGUUGCUAUGAGUGCUGUAUGCGCUGUUUGGGUGGGGUGCCAUACUGCUCCCUGGUCGCCACACUGCUGUGUUUCUCUGGCAUUGCCCUUUUCUGCGGUUGUGGACACCAGGCACUCACAGAGACGGAGAGACUCAUCGAGACUUACUUUGCCCGUAACCUCCAGGACUAUAUCACCCUCGCCUACAUCAUUCAAUAUUUCCAGUAUGUCAUCUAUGGUUUGGCCUCCUUUUUCUUCCUCUACUGCAUCGUGCUGUUGGCUGAGGGCUUCUACACCACAAGCGCUGCCAAGCAAACCUUUGGAGAGUUCAGGAGCACCAUGUGUGGCCGCUGCCUCAGCUCCACGUUUAUAGUGCUGACAUAUGUACUAGCUAUGCUGUGGCUGUUGGUAUUCGCCUUGUCCGCACUGCCCGUCUACUUCUUCUACAACAUGGAUGCCACCUGCCACACCAUUGACGUUCUGACUGAGACGCCAGCAAGCAUCAACCAGCUGUGUGUCGAUGCAAGACAAUACGGGCUCCUGCCAUGGAAUGCAGUGCCAGGAAAAGCUUGUGGUAUAACUUUGUCCACUGUUUGCAAGACCAGAGAGUACCAAAUGACCUAUGACCUCUACAUUGCUGCCUUCGCCGGUGCGGGCAUCACUCUCUUGGCUCUGCUGACCUAUACUGUGUCAACCACCUAUAACUUUGCAGUUCUGCGGUAUCUGGGGAGAAAGGGCAUAGGUGCACGGUGUUAGGUCCACCAGCUUCCUGUCCGCUCUGUCAUUAUUUCACCACCAACAUGGGGAUAUAAAGGGACGGCAACAAUUCUCUCUUCCACAUCAUCUGCACAGAACCACUUGUGAUGUUGGUUCUUUGGGCCACGAACUCUUAAAAAUCUCUUCUUUGUAAUUUUACUUUUCUUGUUGGGAAGAAUGUCAUUAUUUUGUUUUUCCUUUCAUUGUUUUUUUUGUUUUUUUUUAUGGAUGUGAGGCUUGCUUUGACCUACAUAAAGUCGUGUCAGUAUUUUCAAUGCUAUGUCACCAAAAUAUUUUUAAACUAUUGCUCUUGUUGCUUGCUGAGGUUAGUGUCUAAAAUUCAUUUCUGCUUCCCAUCGCGCCCAAAAUACAAAUAACACACCACUAAUAAAUUAACAUCUGUAAGAAUUAACAAGCAAUUUGCAACACAUGUGCAGCUAGAAUGCAGCUGUUACAGAGAAUAGGGAUUAUAGGUUACCAUGGCUACCAUCCCUCACAUCUGGUUGCCAUGGUGGCAGACAAGCACGCAUUUGCAGUCUCACGCUGACCUCAGGACUUUUCUCACGGGCUGGAGAAAAGCCUCAACAAUGGAGUCAUGCCUGUUUUAAAAGCUAGCCAAUAAGGAGCCAGUUCUGGGGGCCACCUGCGCUAGAAGUCUCUGCCAAGGGUUAUAUUACAUGUCAAGGGAGAGGGUCCUCUGGACAAAGAGAGAGUAAGACUUCUCUAAAGCCUCAAUGCAGCUCUUCUGGGACAGCAACUACACACACAACACAUCCACACGCUGCUGCAUGACCCCCACCUCCCCCCGAAUAAUGGAAUUGAUGGAUUCAGAAUUGGGGGGAGGGACUAAAGGAAAUUUAGAUCAUUUUGAAUAGUUUCUUUCUAACAAAGGGACAUACUUGUUUAGUUCUGAUCUAGAAAGGUCUGAAAUUGUUUCUCAUACUUUUGAGAUGGUGAAAGCACUAGGUGCUAACUUAUCGAGAGUAAUCUCAUAUUAUUAGACCUAAAACACAUUGUUGAGGUGUGACUCCCCCUGCCGUUAAUGCAUGAAUGAGGUACUAUUAUAGAGAUAGGACAGCUUUGUUUUGUCUCUAAUUCUUUAGGAAUUUUGUCGUAGUUAUUGUAUAACACAUCUUUUACUUAUUGUAGCUAAUUUUACUACUAUUUUUACACUUUGGUUAUUACUAACAAAACCUUUUGCAACAAAAUAAGUAGAUUAUUCUAUUUGUUGGAAGCUUUACCUAGCUGUGAAUGGUGGAUUUGUCAAGUGGCAGCUGGCUGUUUGAUGAUUAUUUUUUUUCUGUUGGUAAUAUUUGAUAAUAAAACGAAUAUUCUUUUGAAGUA